CUUUAAGUGAUCCUAUUGAUGUAUAUUCAGACUGGGUUGAUGCAUCCGAACACGUUCGGCCAGAGGGAAAUCUUUCUCAUGGAGAUUAUGAAGACGACGCUUUACAUGAUGAACAAAAUGAAAGGGAAGAAGAUGAUGAAGGAUCGUAUCAGGGUAGUCAUCGGGUAAUCGGAGGUGGACGAUCACCAGAUUAUGAAGACUAUGAUGAUUUGGAUGAAUAG